AUGCGUCGCCCUUCGGCAGACCUCACCGACCCAUCGUACAAUCUGGAGGAAUCAGUCGGCUCUCCCUCGUCAGAUUUCGACGCCGCAGAUGUCGACCUCUCUAUGCCACCAAACUCUGACGAGGAGGUAGAAGAUGGCGAUGGCCGCAUCUUCACCCCGCCUCCACACAUCGCCGCCCGCUUCUACCGACCGUCGCACACUCGUCGCAAGGACUCAGCUGCCUCCUCCCGCCGCAACUCCAUCUCCUCUGCCCAUUCCCGCUGCUCCUCCACCCAGACCUUCACCCGUCUUGGGGCUCCACAGAGCAAGCAUGUCGCACAGCACCUCCGGCGCACGUCCUUCCUGGAAGACCGAAAAGCGCGCCUCGCCGACCGAGCUGCCCAUGCGGAGAAGGUUCGCCUGAGAGCCGCCAUGGCCAAGGCCACCCACCGCGAUACCUCAGUGUCUGAGGAGCGCGCCAUCGCUGCCCAGCAGGCGCGGGAGCGCAACCUGGCAGAGAUCGUGGCAUCUUGCGCUGAAGAGGUCAAGAGGGCCAAGGCUGUCGCCGAAACUAUGAAGGAGAAGAGGGAGCGCGAGCUGGUCAAGCUCCGCGUCCAGAUGGAGGAGCGCUUGGCCGAAGCGGAGCGGAGGAGGGAGGAGCUGAAAAACAGAACCGCUGCGACCAAGAGAGUUCGCGGUCAGAGCCUGGUAUCUCGGAGACCGACCGAGACCCUCCCGCAAGUCGCCGAGAAAGAGACUCCGGCGUUGACCGAGGCUGCUGCUGCGUCAAGGCUGCAGUGGUGGUACAGGAGCCACAUCAGGAAGAAGGCUGUGGCUGCCUUUUCCGAGUUGGGCCUCACCAUCGACGGCGUGCGGGACACGUCCUUCGAUCAGGUCCUCGAGCUGCUGGCCCAGGAGAAAGUUGUUGUUGGAACUGCUCGCAUCCUUCGCAUCUGUGGUUUGCAGGAGGGUGACCCGGGAUCGGUUGACGAAAUGGCGGCCGUGAGGACCUUCCUCAGCGCCUUUCUCAUCCUAGGCCAUCCCACUCAGGUCCUUAGCAACAAGGACGGCACGGGGGAACCGGAACAGGUUGGAUUGCUGCAGCCUCAACCGAUACCCCGUGAUGACCUGGCUAAUCCCCAGUUGCAGGACCUCGUGACCAAAGCCCGAGACCUCCUCAUUUCCUUCGAGAACAUCCUGUCACGCUUGACAGCUGCCAACAACUACACGCCUCCGCCUAGCCUGCGGAGUGCUCUGCCCGAGAUCUACGCCACUUUUGCCAACGCGUUCCUCUCUUGGAAGUCGCGCGACUCGGAGUCGCUUGUGCAAGUCAUGCUGAUGCAGUUCGUGGAGCUAGACCAGAUUUUGCAGACAGUUCAGGAGAGCACGGAUGUUGCGGCUGCUGAUCAGUACCGGGAAAGUAUCAAGAGCAAUCAGAUUCAGCUGAUUGUCCGAAUCAAGAAGCUGGCCGGUCAAGAGAAGGGCAAAAAGAUGAUUGCCGAUGCUGUUCGCAAAGCACGAAAGGCGCGAGCAGCCAAGAAGCCUACUGGCGACAUGAAGCCUCGCGUGGCCGAGAACGCACCAGGAGAAGCUUCCGCUACAGCAGAAAGCCUUGUGUCCCCGGUGUCGCAGACGUUAACGCCGCCGCCAACUCCUGCCAAGGGCCAUGUUAAGCCACAGCCUAUCGAGAUGAAGCCUGGGCUGAGCGGCCUGCUUCCAGACAACCGAAUUGUGGUUCAUGAGCUUGCCAUCAACCGUGAAUAUCGCAUCCCUGCCACCGAGUUCCGGGAACACCGGACUUUACAGCAGGUUCCUCUGUUUGCUGGCAUGCGAUACAACAUGGAACAGAAUAAUCUGGACGGCAGCUUCGAAAUCUUCAUCAUUAUGAUGAGGUACUUCAAGGACAACCUGCAGAGGCUUGUGAAGCCCGGCGCCUACAUGCAUAAUACCAUAGGCGAGAUACUCGAUGUUGAGGUCGCCGAGCGCCAGUUCCAGAUGGGCAGCUUUUCUUAUGAGAAGUUCUUUGCCUCCAUGGCAUCUCUCCUGCCGAAGCUGUGUGCUCCUUUCCGCGACGAGGAGGCAAAGGAUCUGGUCAACAAUAAACUUCAUCAAGGAACCUUGGUCGACCGCGUUGAAGCGUUGACGGAGUUUGUGGACUUGAUGCUUUGCGAUUAUGUCAACUAUAUCUUCUCCACGGCAGCACCGCAACUCAUCGAGUCUGCCCCAGAAUAUGAGAAGAAGAGGUUCGGGUCUGCUUUAGAGAACGGCGAGCAUGGCUUGGAGACAGCGGAGGCAGCGUGGCGUGCGGCUCGUUCGAAGGUUCUGGCCGAGGUUCGCAAGCGUGACCCUGAGGGCAUCAACCACCCGAAAUCUCGACCGACGGAUGACAAGUUUUACGCCCAGAUGCUUGUAGACGCAUUCACCCAGCCAGCGCCAAUCCCCAAGGACAAGGUCCCUGAGAUGCUGCUCCUAGACUACAAGCGGAUGACGCGGCUUUCGCUUGCCUCGCAGCGGAUCGUUACCACCGGCGCCAUCUUGCUGCAGUGCAAGAACCUUCUGAAGCGAGAUGUGCGCGCGCCAUGGAAAACGGAGGCCACGCGAAUCAUGACAGUUCUGGAAUCAGACCACGAAAAGAUCGAAUCCACAGUGCAGGGCGUGAUGGCGGCUCUUGAGGGCGGCAGGUCCAUGCCAGCAGCAACCAAGACGCAUCUCAAAGCGCUGGUCACUAAGGUGGUCAACGCCAGCCAGGACUCCAUCAGGAAGGGAGUCGAGCCCACAGAGCCAGUGCUUCGUCUCCUGCUUGCUCGCCUCCGUGGCCACCUCAACACGAGAUUGGCAGCAGGGUCAGCCAAGGAGAAGGUGAAUGCGGCUACGACCGCGCAGGAGAAAUUGGCCGGGCUGGGGUUGGCCGAAUUUGCAGUACAAGUCCGAGAAAUGCUCGACGAGAUAUCCAAGGUCGGGGCCGUGGAUAAGGCGGCUCAUGGUUCCUGGUGGAACGAAGUAGCAGCCAAGGUCGCUGCUGAGACUGAGACAGCCCUCGGAUCUUCUUCCUAA